GCCUGCGAAGUUUGGAGCCGGCGCGGCCAUGUGGCGGGGCGGGCGGGGGCCGCGCGUUUCGUAACCACCAUUUUGAGCGGAGGUGGUGGCGGUCGGGGCGGCGUCCGCGCCGGUGGAGGAGCUGCGGAAACCUAGGCGAUCCCCCAAAAGAGGCCCCUCUGGAGGCCCUCGAGAUGCUGCUGGCGGCCUGGGUAGGAAGACAGAGAAAAAGGAAUGUCUGAUUUCUCGGUGCCCUAUUUUUCUUCGGGAAGGAAUAAGGUCAGGUACUUGCAACCAGGCUGUAGAAGUAAUUCCAAAGUCUUUUUGUUUUCUUUUUCUUCCCCCAAAAGGUUGACAUACAUUUGAAACAGUUCCUAGCAGUCGCCUUAUUGCUGAAUAAGGUGGCUUAGGGUCGGGUUGGGGGGCGGACGGGGUGUCACAGAACGAGCGGUUUUCUGGCCUGUGUGAAACCAGAGCGAUUGAACUUAGACACGCUUCAGGGUGAGGCUGUAUUGUCUCCCGACAUCCGGAAGCCUGGAGAAAUUACGUUCAUCUUUUCGGGCUGUUUUGAAGUAACUGUCUAUAGAAGGCGUGCACCGGGCCACAGUUGAGGGGAUGGGGAGGUGAAAGCGAGGGUUCAGAGGCUCCGGUGAUUGCGGAACGGGGUGACUAUCUGUCACGGGAAGCUUGUACCUGCCUGCCGCUCACUGGAUGCACUCCCCAACUGCGCUUUCCACCGCCUGUGCCAGGGUCUGUGCUCUUUGACCAAGAUCAGCCACUGCAUGCUUACUCAUCCUUUUACCACCUCUCCGUCGAGAGCCGGGGGGAAAUUAAGGGCUGAAAGAAGCUUGGCUAGAGAUGCGGGGUGCCUAGAGUCGUAGGGGAACUCUUGUGCGAUGCGGUGCUGAAUCCGAGGGGAUGCAUAGGUGGCAGCUUUAACAGCUGCAGCCAGGAAGUAACCACGAAUCAAAUGGAGGGGUUCAAAGUCACUAACUGUUCAAAUAUCAACAUGGAACCUGGGAUCCAGCCUUUAUUGGCAGCCUGAAUCCAUGCUCUUGUCUCUGUUCUCUUGAUUUCCUCCUCUGCAUUUUGAGGAGUUGGGACCGCGAGGUGUUCUGGCUCUUGGGUGAGCCCUCCCUAGUCAGUCAAGUUCCUCAAGCCAGGACCUACGCACCUGUUGUCAGUGGUGGUAUAGUUCUGCAGGGCGCACAGGUGUAUCCCCAUGGGCACAUUUAAUUUAGGGAAAUCCUCAUUGACGAUUCAGUUUGUUGAAGGCCAAUUUGUGGACUCCUACGAUCCAACCAUAGAAAACACUUUUACAAAGUUGAUCACAGUAAAUGGACAAGAAUAUCAUCUUCAACUUGUAGACACAGCCGGGCAAGAUGAAUAUUCUAUCUUUCCUCAGACAUACUCCAUAGAUAUUAAUGGCUAUAUUCUUGUGUAUUCUGUUACAUCAAUCAAAAGUUUUGAAGUGAUUAAAGUUAUCCAUGGCAAAUUGUUGGAUAUGGUGGGGAAAGUACAAAUACCUAUUAUGUUGGUUGGGAAUAAGAAAGACCUGCAUAUGGAAAGGGUGAUCAGUUAUGAAGAAGGGAAAGCUUUGGCAGAAUCUUGGAAUGCAGCUUUUUUGGAAUCUUCUGCUAAAGAAAAUCAGACUGCUGUGGAUGUUUUUCGAAGGAUAAUUUUGGAGGCAGAAAAAAUGGACGGGGCAGCUUCACAAGGCAAGUCUUCAUGCUCGGUGAUGUGAUGCUGCUGCAAAGCCCGAGGACACUGGGAAUAUAUUCUACCUGAAGAAGCAAACUGCCCGUUCUCCUUGAAGAUAAACUAUGCUUCUUUUUUCUUCUGUUAACCUGAAAGAUAUCAUUUGGGUCAGAGCUCCCCUCCCUUCAGAUUAUGUUAACUCUGAGUCUGUCCAAAUGAGUUCACUUCCAUUUUCAAAUUUUAAGCAAUCAUAUUUUCAAUUUAUAUAUUGUAUUUCUUAAUAUUAUGACCAAGAAUUUUAUCGGCAUUAAUUUUUCAGUGUAGUUUGUUGUUUAAAAUAAUGUAAUCAUCAAAAUGAUGCAUAUUGUUACACUACUAUUAACUAGGCUUCAAUAUAUCAGUGUUUAUUUCAUUGUGUUAAAUGUAUACUUGUAAAUAAAAUAGCUGCAAACCUCA